UUUUAGGAACAAACUAUCCUAAUAAAACUCAAACACUAGCUCCACUAGCCGUUACCCACCAAACACUUGAUAAACAAAUUCCCUUAUCCUACUAAAAUGCAAACACUUGGGAUACGGUGCUCUAACCCCUGAAAUAACGCUCAACUCUUUCUCUUCCUUCUUCUUCUUCGGACAUCCAGGGUUUCUUUUUUUUGCGCCUUAUUUUCAGAAACUAGGGUUUAUGCUCAUUUCCCCUUGACCGCACUUAAACGCAAAAAUCCCACGCACAAAUUUCUUAACAAAGGAAGCUUGUGACAUAUAGUUUUGGAAGCAAAGAUGCAAGCGUGUAGUGGAGCUGCAGUGAUGGGGUCUCUUCAACAGCCCAUCUGGACCAAAGGGUCAAAUUUCGCUCCAAAAGGGUCUAGUGUUAUUGGGUUUCCACAACAAGGAAGGCUCAAUUUGAUGAAACCUUGUAGAUCUUCUUAUGUUGAAGGAAGUUUAGUUACUGGGAGGCCGCCUUCUUUUGCCUCUGUUCUUGUGCCUGAAAUUGGAGGUAGUGGAAGCAGCUUUUUAGACUAUGGUCUGACUGAAGCUGAUCCUGAAGUACGCAGGAUUAUUGACAAGGAGAAGGAGCGGCAGUUCAAAAGCCUUGAGCUAAUUGCCUCAGAGAAUUUCACAUCUCGAGCAGUAAUGGAAGCUGUUGGAUCAUGCUUGACCAAUAAGUAUUCUGAAGGACUACCUGGUAAAAGAUACUAUGGUGGAAACGAGUACAUAGAUGAGCUUGAGAUACUGUGUCAACAAAGAGCUUUGGCAGCAUUUCACCUAGAUGGAAAGAAGUGGGGUGUUAAUGUUCAGCCAUUAUCUGGUUCGCCUGCUAACUUUGAGGUUUACACUGCAGUUUUAAAGCCACAUGACCGGAUAAUGGGGUUGGACUUACCACAUGGUGGACACUUGUCUCAUGGGUUCAUGACUGCUAAACGACGGGUAUCUGGCACAUCAAUUUAUUUUGAGUCUAUGCCUUACCGACUUGAUGAAUCUACAGGUCUUGUUGAUUAUGACAUGCUUGAGAAAACAGCUGUUCUCUUUAGACCAAAACUCAUUAUUGCUGGUGCAAGUGCCUAUCCUCGAGAUUUUGACUAUGCUCGCAUGAGGAAGAUUGCGGAUGCUGUUGGUGCUUUUCUCAUGAUGGAUAUGGCUCACAUAAGUGGCCUUGUCGCUGCAUCUGUAGUUGCUGAUCCUUUUGAGUACUGUGAUAUAGUGACCACCACCACACACAAGUCUUUGAGAGGUCCAAGAGGUGGCAUGAUCUUCUUCAAGAAGGAUACUGUGCUUGGAGUUGACUUGGAAUCUGCUAUCAACAAUGCUGUUUUUCCAGGUUUACAGGGUGGCCCUCAUAACCACACAAUUGGGGGACUUGCAGUUAGUUUGAAGCAUGCUCAGUCCCCAGAGUUUAAGUCAUACCAGAAUAAGGUGGUCUCUAAUUGUGGAGCUCUUGCUAGCCGAUUGAAUGAAUUAGGAUAUAAGUUGGUUUCUGGUGGGAGUGAUAAUCACCUGGUUCUUGUCGAUCUAAGGCCAAUGGGUAUUGAUGGAGCUCGGGUGGAGAAAAUUCUUGACUUGGCCUCUAUUACCCUCAACAAAAAUUCAGUUCCUGGUGACAAGAGUGCCUUAGUGCCUGGAGGUAUCCGCAUUGGAUCACCUGCUAUGACAACUAGAGGAUUCACAGAGAGAGAUUUUGUAGCAACUGCAGACUUUAUUCAUGAGGGCGUACAGAUAACCCUUGAAGCUAAGCGGUUAGUCUCAGGAUCCAAGCUUCAAGAUUUUUUGAAGUUUGUAGCAGCCCCUGAUUUCCCUUUACUGGAUAAAUUGUCGGAUCUGCGCGAGAGAGUUGAAGCUUUGACAACCCAGUUCCCUCUGCCUGGGUUAUAAGCAAGCUAUUGGACAAUUAUGAUAACCAAAAGGAAGGUUUAAAUAACUUAUAGGACAAUUAGAUAGUGGCUUGAUAAGAAAUUUGGGUAUCUGGAUUGAUACUAUGUUUUUAUCAUCUACCCCUUCUUGUUGCUAAGAUGGGAUAAAUUUUGGAAUCUGGGAUUGAGACUAUUAUUUCGUCUACCCUGUUUUUGUUGCUAAGAAAAUCGAAAGUCUGUUGAACAUGUUUUCGAUUAAUAACAUUUUUCUUUUUGCUAGAA